CGAACUGCAACAUGGAUUCUUUGCGUAUGGGUACCACACAUCUGGCACGUAUAAGGACCCUGAUUGUUUAUCGCUCCACCCCCUUCCGAGAGUCGCGGAUCGUCUUUCGAAUUCAAUGGCUCACGGAUUAUCAUCCGCACUGCUCGAGCCAAUUGAUUCUGAGCGUCAGAUGUACCUAGAAGGUGGAGAUGGCGAUGACGUUGAAAUAGACUGGUCCCAAACGCCUAUUCUCCACCACCUCGAUUUCGGGUACCGGCAGUUCAGUAUCGAUCCGGAACAGAAUUUGGUCAUUUACGUUUGCCACGACUCCGAUAGAAUGAUUGUCAGAAUAAGGCAAAUGUCUGAUAAUGCCUUUCACCCGAUGGCCCGAUACGAGACUCUCGAUAUUCGCUGGAUGUUGAGGGGUGAUUACAUUUAUCUCGAGAUCUUUGGCGACUUUGUCGGCGUCAUGAUACUGCAGUAUGGGGAUAGGAAUCACCACUUUUCGAUUUGGAAUUGGAAGACAGGGAUAUGCCAAUGUAGACUCUCGGAUUCCAUCAUGGGAUCUUUUCUUUUCUUAUCUCCGCGCCAUUUCAUCAUUCUUAAACAUGAAGAGGAUUCCGUCUCGCUAGCGGUUUAUUCAUUUAGACCUUGUUAUUACGACGGUCCCCCUGUCAAACCUUGCCUUCCAUCUCAGCAUGUCGCGACAUUCCAAUUACCCAAUUUCUUACCCGAGUCGGCGUAUUCAUUCCACAUAGAGUUGUACUGCCGGCCCAGUCCUGUCUUUGAAGCUCCAGAAUAUGAAGUUUUAUUCGGAGGAGACUCGAUGCCUGCAGAUGGAGCUAUUCCAAGCAUGCCCUCCCCAUCAAGUUCAGUUCAAGAUUCCUCCGCAACCCCAAUCAAUCCGCCAAAAUGGGGGGGUACAUAUGCUACCAACGGACCGUUUGUUCGUCCCCGGCAGGACGAUUUCAGAGUCGCUGUCUUUUCACUUAGUCUAAACUCCUCUACGGGGGACGGGGGUUACAAGAUGUUUAUCGCCGUGUCCGAUAUCUAUCGCAUGACCAAACGUUUCGAGAGCGAUUUCCAUACCAGUGGAAAGAUACUGGAUGACGAUCUAGAUGUCAACUCUGACGCCGACUGCGCGCUCCCUAUCCAUGUUCCAUGGGAUGAUUGGGGGCCUCGUUCUGCGCGCUUGUUGGAGACUGCGGAUAGGAAGCCAUUCUGCUCUAUUUUCAUGAACCGACACAUCUUUAGCAGUCUCGAGCGUAUGCCGAUGUCUGAAAUGACUCGAGAAGAUCCCCGGCAAGCCCAUCAACGGGGUUCUUUUACCCGCCUUCAUAUGCUGGAUUUCAACCCCUAUUCGGCUCAUGCUGGGUCUAUUGGCAUGAGAGAUAACACCGAUUCCGAUGACAGGAUUGAGCAUGGCGCAGACGCGGAAAGAUGGUCAGGCAACGAGGGGCCCUCUUCAUCCAGUUCGAUCAGGCCACCAAGGAUAUCAAAGGAUUACAGGGUUUCAGGUCGUAUGGAGACUCGCCUCGAACCGACUGUAUUACCAAGUCGCAAAGUCACCACUGGACUUCCAUACCGCGAAGUGACGAGUGAUGACACAUUGCAGGGAGACAUGUUUCCGAUGAUAGAUGCAGAGAGGAUAUUGCUCUUUGAUAGAGACCAAGCCGCUAUCAAAGUCCUGGUCAUUUAAACGCACGAUACCCACAUGGAUUGUUUAUAAUCGUCUUUGCGUUUACCCCAGUUUGCAAUGGCCGCUACAGUGCUUUCUCUGGACCUUCAUAUUACUGAGCCCAGCUAUAUAUGCAGCGCAGGUUAUUAGAUUGUGUAUCGA